UAGCUAGAGACAUCGUCGUGUAACGAACAGAAGCUCUGCGAGCAACUGCACCUCAUCGGCGUAUCGACGGCAGAAUACAGUGCGCAAAAAAUAAAUUAAAACAAAUAUACAACAAUAUUAAAAUAAAGAAACAGUACACAAAUUCAAUUUCCAAACAAGUGUAUUUCUGUAACUUUACGAGAAAUACUCUCACUCUCCCACAUCCCCAACUCUCCAUACAAAUUCUCUCUCCACACUCAUACCAACAUACAAACACACACACACACACACACACUCAAUCACAUACUCACAUAUGUCGCAUAUGGCAUAUAAAGACUAAACUAUAUUUAGUUAGUGUUUUUGUGUGCGUUUGAUUCUUAAGUUUUACAUUAUUGUGGCAAAUAUUGUGGCUGAAAAAUAUUGAAGAAAAUCCCUGUGUACUAAUAAUAGAAAAUUCCAAAUUUAUCUAAUUCCAUCUGCAAUAACAAAUUUCAAAACGGAAAUAGUAAACGAAAACAGUGUGAUGUAGAAGAAAUCAUCGAAUCUGAGUUUGUACCAAACGCACAAAGCUCAAGUUCAAACAAUAGCGUGGCAGCGGGGCCAAGCGGAGGUAGCGCACAGGAGACGCAACAAAAGUGCAACAGCUGCACAAAACUGGAAACUAAAAACUGAAACAAAAGCCCAAAAGUCAAAGUAAACCCAGACAGGCAAACACAAAAACGAAAGACAGAGAGAAAGAGAGAGAGAGAGAACGUGCGAAAAGGAGAGAGUGAGUGAGCGAUAGAGAGAAAGCAGAGAUAGAGAGACAGAAAAGCUGCUAGCGUGGAGUGCUGGAAGAAUGUGUAGUGCAGAGUCCACACGGCAGCUUAAAGUGGCAACAACAGCAGCAGCAGCAGCAGCAACAGCAGUAGCAGUGGCAGCAACAAACACAACCGGAUAAUAAGCAUAAGGGGCCAAGAACAACAGCGACAGCGACAGUAACACUAACAACGAAAUCAGCAGCGACUGCAACGAGUGUGACAAGUAUUUGCGGUAGGCUGCAGGGUGCGGAGCGCAGGCCGAUCCGACGAACUAAAGCCGCCAAGGGAAAAAAGCAAUAAUCACAAAAAACCACAAAUCCGAAACCAAAUCCAAAGCCAAAAAGAGAAAAACUAAAGUGAAGUCUACAGCACAGAAACAGCAGCAGAAUCAAAGCCAAGCGGCUAGUGGCAAGUUGCAAGUGCCAAGUGGAGAGUGACAAGUGGCAAGUGCAACUGUGUGAGUGACGUCACACGCCGCUAAGUAGGACACUCGGGCGGCAAAACGUAAAUUUCGUUAUUUUGUUGGCAGCACUCGCAUCCUCCGCAGUCGCAUUCGCAUUCGCACUCGCAUUUGCAUUCACAUCCGCGCAAUGGUCUCUCGGUUGAGCCUGCAGUCGCUCGCCGCGGCGCUCUUCGUGCUGUCGCUACGACUGAGCUGCGUGUGCGGCGUCAUUGAUCGCCUGGUGGUGCAAACAACCUCCGGGCCGGUGCGCGGUCGCUCGGUGACGGUACAGGGCCGCGAAGUGCAUGUCUACACGGGAAUACCAUACGCCAAACCGCCCGUCGAGGAUUUGCGCUUUCGCAAGCCGGUUCCGGCGGAGCCCUGGCAUGGCGUUUUGGAUGCCACCCGCUUGUCGGCGACCUGCGUUCAGGAGCGUUAUGAAUACUUUCCGGGCUUCUCUGGCGAAGAGAUCUGGAAUCCCAAUACCAAUGUAUCCGAGGACUGCCUGUAUAUAAAUGUGUGGGCGCCAGCGAAGGCGCGACUGCGUCAUGGACGUGGUACCAAUGGAGGCGAGGCAGACACUGAGCAUCUGAUACACAAUGGCAAUCCACAAAAUACGACCAAUGGACUGCCGAUUCUGAUCUGGAUCUAUGGCGGAGGCUUUAUGACUGGCUCAGCGACACUGGACAUCUACAAUGCAGACAUUAUGUCUGCUGUGGGCAAUGUGAUCGUUGCCUCCUUUCAAUAUCGUGUUGGUGCAUUUGGUUUUCUGCACUUGGCGCCAGAAAUGCCUGCUGAGUUUGCCGAGGAAGCGCCUGGUAAUGUUGGCUUGUGGGAUCAGGCAUUGGCCAUUCGCUGGCUAAAGGAUAAUGCACAUGCAUUUGGCGGCAAUCCUGAGUGGAUGACAUUGUUUGGCGAGUCAGCCGGCUCGAGUUCGGUUAAUGCACAACUCAUGUCACCUGUGACGCGGGGCGUGGUGAAACGCGGAAUGAUGCAGUCGGGCACAAUGAAUGCUCCCUGGAGUCACAUGACAUCGGCCAAGGCUGUGGAGAUUGGCAAGUCGUUGAUCAACGACUGUAACUGUAAUGCAUCCAUGCUGAAGACAAAUCCCUCACAUGUUAUGAGCUGCAUGCGUGCCGUGGAUGCCAAGACCAUUUCAGUGCAACAAUGGAACUCCUACUCAGGCAUACUCAGCUUCCCCUCAGCACCGACCAUUGAUGGCGCCUUUUUGCCAGCCGAUCCCAUGACACUGAUGAAGACGGCAGAUCUAAAGGAUUAUGACAUCCUGAUGGGAAACGUGAGAGAUGAGGGCACCUACUUCUUGCUGUACGAUUUCAUCGAUUACUUUGAUAAGGACGAUGCGACCGCAUUGCCACGUGACAAGUAUCUGGAAAUUAUGAAUAACAUCUUUGGCAAGGCAACGCAGGCGGAACGUGAAGCCAUUAUUUUCCAGUACACCAGUUGGGAGGGCAAUCCUGGAUAUCAAAACCAGCAGCAAAUUGGACGUGCUGUAGGCGAUCAUUUCUUUACCUGCCCCACCAAUGAGUACGCACAGGCGCUGGCCGAGCGAGGUGCCUCGGUGCAUUACUAUUACUUUACACACCGCACCAGCACAUCGCUGUGGGGUGAGUGGAUGGGCGUGCUGCAUGGCGAUGAGAUUGAGUACUUCUUUGGGCAGCCGUUGAACACAUCUCUGCAAUAUCGACCUGUGGAGCGUGAGCUGGGCAAGCGUAUGCUCAACUCAGUCAUUGAGUUUGCCAAGACGGGCAAUCCCGCUCUAGAUGGCGAGGAAUGGCCCAAUUUUUCGAAGGAGGAUCCUGUGUAUUAUAUUUUCAGCACGGACGAUAAGAUUGAGAAACUGGCACGCGGUCCUUUGGCUGCGCGUUGCUCCUUCUGGAACGAUUAUUUACCGAAAGUCAGAAGUUGGGCAGGUUCGGACUGCAAUGGUGAUUCGGGUAGUGCUUCCAUAUCUCCCAGAGUGCAGCUAUUGGGACUUGGACUUGUGAUCUACAUGUGCGCCGCGCUAAGGAUCAGAGGAGUUUUCUAAAAGAAAAUGUCUGGCAGUUUAAGCACAGCACAUUAACAAGGCACUCAGCACACCCUAUAAUGUAAAAGCGCAAAAAGAGAAACCCCUAUAUUAUAAUAUUUAGAUUGUCAAGUGGAAAAUUGUCGUAUGUAAAACGUAGCAAACAGAAAUUGUGCAAAGCCAUUAAAGUUUUUGAGAAUUUGAGCCAAACUUUUUGUAUUUUGGCCACAGCUGAACAUUUGUAAAUGAAUUUAGUGUUGCAUGCAUCCGCACAAAAGGCAGUACGAGUAGGAUAUUGUAGUUGUAUUUGGUUAGACUUAAAACUUGCAUCGAGAGGACAGUAAGUAGCAAGUAAGUAGGCAGCAGGACGUGAAUAUGAUGAUACUCAUGAUGAUGACUCUGAAUCCUUGCACGCGGCUUGCUACACAUAUCAAAGAGAAAUUUUUGCUGACUUUGGCGGCAUCUCAAUGUACACCGGAAGGUAUCCAGUGUACUUGUUUUAUUUACACACAACCACACAUGCAAAACCUAUAGCCACACCCACGAACACAUACAUACAUUAGCCACAACAAAAUGACACUUUUGUAGAACGCCGCAAAUUUGUUUCAUUUGUAUGAAAUUGGCCAACAAACCAGGCCCAAUAAAAAUAAAAAAACGAAAUCAAUCAACAGAAAUGAUAAUGAUUUUGAUAAAACGUUAAUGUUUGUCAUGCCAGCAGAGGGCAUUCAAAAUUUUAAAUCUCGCUCAGACAACAAUUUAAAAACGUACUGCUCCCAUUGCAAGUAGUAUUUUGCCAGCUGGCAUGGGUCCAAGUCUAUAUCCAGACUGCCCUCCCAUAUUUUGGAAGUCGAGUUUAAUGAUUUUGAUUUUAAAGAACCCUUAUGAAACUUGGCCAGAUUGCAUUGGUUUCAUAUUUAUGUUGGGAUAUUCAUCAUUUGGAAUACACAAACAAACAAAUAAAAAAUUGGUUAAAACGAUGCUUUAUUUUUUGCUCGCACAAGAAAUUUUAACCACAAUGUUCUUAUGACAAACAAGCGAAAAUUUGGUAAACACAAAACAAAUUGUAUUGUUGAAAGCAUGUGACAGUUUUAUUGAGCACAGCCCAAGAAAAAAUUACAAAUUUUAUAACGAAUAAGGUCCGAGAACUUGUAACUUGUAGAAUCGGUCAGAAACAGAAGUUUGUAGAAAACCUAAUGAAACAUUUAAAUGGCAAAACAUAUCAGUAUAUAUUAUAUAAACAUAUAUAUACAAUAAAAGUAAUACAUCUAUAUAUAGUAUAUAGUAUAUAUAUGUACAUGUAUUAUUGUAUUUGUACUAAACGUUUUACAAAUUGGCUUAGUGACAACAAAAAAAAAAAAAAGACGAAAAUAACUAAAAGUUUUAUACACAUAGCAAAUUGGAACCAGAAAAAACAUAAAUAUAAAAAUUAAGAAUAAAAAAAACACAGAAACCAAAAUGAUAAAAAAGUGCUGUAUAUUAAAGUUUGGUAUGUCUAUAUCUAUAAAUAAAUAUUCGAAAUAUAUAAAUGAAAUGGAAAUCAUAAAAUUAAAUGAAAUAAUAAAUAUGUAUAAUCAAAUAAUUGUCAAACUGAAAUAAAUACAUUUAGUUCCGUGUACGUAUGAAGCGGAUUAAUUGAGAGCAACUCGUAAUUAGAAUCAUAAUUUUAAGAGCAUAUCAGUACUCAAAUGUACUCUCAAAUCCAACAACUACUCGUAUGCAUUGAUGGCGAACAUUUUCGGAAUUAAUGAUCGCAAGCAACACUGAUAUAAACUAAGUUAUUUUUAUUAACAAUUAUUGUAAUGAAACACUCAUUAUUAUAACACCCACACAGUCAACAAACAACACACACACAGAUAUUGAUAAAGGUAAAAGUAUUGGACUUAUAAAGAACAAACGACGAACAAUUAAUUCAUACAUCAAUAAGAGGAACAGUAACUGUUUCUCACAUUUACGAGAACAUAACAUUAACAUAAUUAAUAACUAUUUGCGCAACAAAUGAAAAUGAAUAAGUAAAUCAAUUACGAUUAAAUAUUUUAUUGUUUUAAUUGUAAGUACAUAUGUAUGUAAUGUGGUCAAGCCUAUUUGAGCGAUGUUCGCUUUUAACUGUAGCAACUAGGGAAAAUUCAAUGUGAAGUCUAAACAACAAAUUAUAAACAAGUACUAAUACUAAUACUAAUACUAAUGCUAAACAAAAAUAAAUAUAUAAUACUAAUGCUAAUACUGAUACUACUACCUAGGACUCUAAUAACAAUAUAAUAACUAUACUAGGUUGGCUUAACAAUGGAAAUGCUGGCACUACAAAAAUGGACAUUUCUCUGGUAAUGUCUGUUGGAGCUAUGUUAAUGCUCUUGUCGAACCAACCUGCCAAAAGCUGGACUCACAUUUAGUAUAAGCUUGCAAAACUAUUCUGUUAUCUUCUGACACUACUAGAACACCAAAGAUAAGCAACGAUAGAAAAGCUCACUUAUGAACUCCAUGAAGAAUAUUUAUUAAUACAAAAAUUCAUUAAUAGUUAUCGUAAGUAAUUCAAACAUUGCCCUACAAAAAUCUAUGAUUAUACACAUUGACAAGAUUUAGACAAGCUAUAUCAUAUUGAGGGGAGCGCAUACUCGUAUUUAACAAAAAAUUAAUUAAUGGCAAAAACCGUAAUAAGAACUCAUUCCUAAUUUAUAAAUUAUCAAUCGAUUCAAUUACUUUUUAAAAACGUUUUGAUGAAAAUGUAAAACUUAAACAAUUUUUAAGUAUAUGUGAACAUUUAUAUUUUUAUACCAUGCAAGGCAAGCCGCAAUGAUGACAACUGCAUAAAAAUACUUAUAUAAAAACAAAAACAAAUCAAGUGUAUAACAUUAACAUUUUUUACUGCGUAUUGAGAAAAAUGUAUGGCAAGAGUUAAAUAUAUACAAACUAACUUGUUGACUCAAAAAAUAUUAGCUUUAAACGAUUAAAGAAGGUCCCAUUUCUCCUCCUGUUCAAGAUCAUUCAUCACCUCAUCACUCCCUCAACUCCUUUUCCCUUAGAACAUUUAUCACGAUAAUUCACAAUCUUUGCUAAAUAUUUCAAUAUUAAUUAAUGCAAGACUUGCGUUUCAAUGGUAUUCACUCCAAGCUAAGUGAUCUUGUCGAGGGUUCUCUGGAUUUGGAAAAUCUUUUGUACUAAGUGAAUGUUGAAUUUUAAGUCACACUCCAAGCUCUUACUUUAUAAUAAAGGCCAAUGAAUUGGUAAACCUCCAAUACCAAGGACUUGGCAUUGCUGGCAGUGUGGGCUUGGUCUACAUUCAUAAGGCACAUAGAUUUUAGGUAUAUGAAAUUAAGGAAUUUACUGUGUAUUUACGCCUUUUGCCUUUUGAAAUAUAAGUAAAGAAUUUUAAUGCGAGUAUUUUACUAUUAACAUACAUAUCUAUGCAAUUUAUUUUUGUGUCUUCUAUAUACAUAUUUAUUUUUGAACAUUUAUUUUCUUAAGUUUUAACAUUUUCAUUGAUUCCCCCCUUCUGAGAAAUAUAUUUUGUCAUUUUGCAUGGUUUUCGGCUCAAGCCAAAGAAUUGACAAUAUAAUAUUUCGCCUUAGAAGCAAAAGAGAUAACGAAAGAGAGACAAAUUCCAAGUGUUAUGCUUAUAGAUCUAAAUUUUUAUAUACACACACAUACAUACAUAUAUGCACACUCAUUCGAUUGCAUCUUAUUUGGUAAACUGAAAGCAGAAACAUAUAAAUAAAUAAAUACUUACACACGAAUACGAAUACAAACACAAACACAUAAUAUGAUUUAGAAGAAUUCGAUUUUCUGUUGCCGUUCUUCCAAGCAUCUAAAAAAAAAAACAACAGUUCAUAGAGAAGAGCACUCCAAAUAUCCACAGUGUGCUUUUGAUAUUGUAGUCUGCUAUUUGUAAAAGAAUUUAUAUAUACAGUAUAGUGCUAAUAGAUACUUAUACAUACUUACAUAUGAUAAUUAUGCAAAUAAUCGAAAUAUGCUGUUUACAUUCCGAAACUCCACGACACUUCAUAGAAACUAAUUACUCGUGUACACCACCACCCCCAAUCUCCCUUAAGCGAGUUCCGACUUGAAUUAGUUAAGCAGUUAAGCGAAUCUAUAGGAAACUUAAUAAAAAAAAACCAAUUAAAGUAUAAAUCAGUAUUUAGGUUGUUAAAGAUUUUAGGUUCUCCUUUUGUGUAAUACGAAUAUCACACAAAUACAAAUACAAAUACAAUGUUAAUUUUUCAGUUCGUUGUGUAUUAAGAAACGUUACUAAUUAUAUCAGCUACGACAUCUGAUAAUAAUAAAAUCGCAGUUCUAGAUGGUAGACGACAAGUGUACAAUGAAUGUUAAAUGUUGAUUGCGAUCAAUGCAGAAUUACUCAUAAAAAAAUGUUUUUGAAAUAAAAAAUAAUUAAAAUAAAAUAAAUGAUUGAAAAUACCACACAAAAUACCACACAAUGUUAAAAGCCAAGCACAGGAAUGCAUUUGAAGUUUAAACAUACAAAAUACUUAUAACAGAACAAUACUGCAUACCUACAUAUAUAUGAUUCACAUAUAACACGAGUAAUAUUUACCAUAAAGUACUAAGAUCAAUAAGUUUAAAGAUACAUCUCAAAGUAUAAAAAUGAAUAAUGAUAAUUGAAAAGCCACAAAAAAAAAAAAAAAGAAAAACAAAGGAUUACUUAAAGUAUGAAAACGUAUGUUUGGUCAAGUUUGAGCACGGUUUUUUUAAAAGUGUAAAAAUCAAAUACAUAUCAAUAUAUGGCCUAUUAUUUAUUUAGUUUUAUUACAAUUAUUAUUAUUGAGAAUUGUGAAAAUGAUUGAAAACUAAGAAAUCGAUUAAUAAUAAUACUUAGCUGCAAAUUUAAGGCUCUGAUUUAUGACUUUUUAAGUAGGCAAUUUGUAAAAAUAAAGCAACUAAUUGGAGACACAACAAUUCAAAUGUACGAAUAACUGUAACAUUUGACAGUCUGUUAACAAUUGCGUUGAUAAACAGUAAACAAAAUAUAACAAAAUCCAAAAAAAAAAAAACAAAAACAAA